CCUCGCGCACCCAGCACCGCCGCGCACGCCACCGACGACUGGGCCCCGCCCCCGGCCCGAGGGACGCCAGAAGGCACGAGGCGCAGCCAGCGCCCACCCAGCAGCACCACAGUAACCGAAGCAGCCGAGCAGGCGGGCGCCAGCAGCAGCAGCAGCACGGGGAGGAGGGAGGGAGUAGGAGUAGGCGGAAAAAGGAGGCGUAAGCGCGAGGGGACGGAGCCGGGGAGAGGGACGCGCGGAUCAAACGCCCGCCCGCCCGCCCGCCCGCCCGCGCGCACCGGCAGCUCGAGCCCUCGGUUCCUCCGCCCCGCCGCGCCGGAGGUGGAGGUGGUGGCGGAGGAGGGGCGCGCGGCUCGCGGCCUCCCUCCCGAUCCGGAUCGAGCGGGCGCUCUCCGGAGCGGCGGAUCUCCCUCUCCCGCGGCGAGAGUGGAGGCUCCAGUGGCUGUACAUAUAGUUUCGGAUCAGUGAUCAUCAGUUCUAGAAUAGGCUGACCCCUGAUCAUUUAGGCUGCAUUUGCGGAGAAUGUCAGAGAGCAAUAUCGACGGCAUAGAGAUAUCUGUCAGUAAUGAUGAGAGGAGGGACAGAGCGGAUGCCGAGAACUCAGAGGACGAGCCAAAGCACAGGAGGAUGCGCUCGCUGAGGAAGAAGGCGCUGCACGCUUCAACCAAGCUGACACAUUCGCUGAAGAAGAGGGGGAAGAGGAAAGUGGACUGCAGAGUGCCCAGAAUACCGAUAGAGGAUGUCAGGGAUGCUGGUGAAGAGCAGGCGGUCAGCUCGUUCCGUGAGGUUUUGUUUGCCAGGAACCUAUUGCCUGAAAGGCAUGAUGAUUACCAUAUGAUGCUUAGAUUUUUGAAAGCUAGAAAGUUCGAUGUUGAAAAGGCAGCACAAAUGUGGGAUGAGAUGCUCCAGUGGAGGAAUGAAUUUGGGACAGACACAAUUUUGGAAGAUUUUGAAUUUCAUGAGCUAGAGGAGGUACUGCAAUAUUACCCCCAGGGUUAUCAUGGGGUUGACAAGGAUGGAAGGCCUGUCUAUAUCGAGUUGCUUGGAAAAGUUGAACCCAAUAAACUUGUGCAAACCACAACAGUGGAACGAUAUAUCAAGUACCAUGUGCAAGAGUUUGAGAGAGCAUUCCGUGAGAAGUUUCCUGCCUGCUCAAUUGCUGCUCAAAAGCAUAUAGAUACAACAACCACAAUAUUGGAUGUCCAUGGCGUGGGCUGGAAGAACUUUGGUAAGAUUGCAAGGGAUUUAGUGCGCUGUAUGCAGAAAAUAGAUGGUGACUAUUAUCCCGAGACACUACAUCAAAUGUUCAUUGUAAAUGCUGGAGCUGGUUUCAAACUGAUCUGGAGCACUAUAAAGGGACUUCUUGACCCCAAAACAUCAUCAAAAAUUCAUGUUCUAGGAGCAAAAUACCAGAGCAGGCUUCUUGAAGCUAUUGACGCAAGCCAAUUACCAGAGUUUUUUGGUGGUUUGUGCACAUGCUCUAACCAAGGAGGAUGCCUGAGGUCCAACAAAGGCCCUUGGAGUGACCCUUUAAUUAUGAAGAUCGUACAUAGCAUGGAAUCAUCUGCAUUAAGGGAUAUCGUGCAAGUAUCUGAUAUAGAAGAAACAGUUACAGGCUCUGUAAGAUUGCGUGCGCUCAAGUUACCAGAAAGAAUUAGUGAUACAUCAAAUGCUGAAUCAGGUUCAGAUGUUGAUGAUCUUGGAUCCCCUGUAGCCCCUGAAGAUGUUGAAUAUCAUAGUUUGGCUCCAGUCCGUGAGGAAGCCAGGGAAUCAGGAUCAACGACAUACGGCUGUUCAGACGAUCGACCUCUUUCAGUGGAUAAAGCUGUUGAGUCCAAUAAAAGAUAUAACCUUGCUGGAAAUGUAUUAAGGCAGUACAACACACGACAAAAUUCAUCGAUGAAUAGAGUUUCGCCUGAGCCAGCAGGUCGCGCCCCAAAUGUCCAUGAAGGCGAUGCAGAUGAUGGGAUCUUGAAAUUAUUUUCAAGAAAAGUUCUUGCUGUAAUUCUCAAAGUACUCUCUCUUUUGCGCUUGUUCACUCGCCAUGAGCAACAGUUGGAAAAUGUUCAUCCACAUACUGCAGCCGUACCCAGUAAUCAACCAAAUCUUCAGAUAGUUAAGGAAGACCGAGUAAAUCCUUGUCUGGAGCGUCUUGAAAGACUUGAAUCGAUGUGUAAUCAACUCAGCAGAAAGCCUCCUGAGAUCCCACAGGAUAAGGAUCGUGCUAUACAGGAUUCUUUUGAUAGGAUAAAAUCCAUUGAAUUUGACCUGGAGAAGACAAAGAAGGUAUUGCAUGCAACAGUGAUCAAACAAAUGCAGAUGGCUGAAACAUUGGAGUCGGUGACAGAGUCUGGUCAUAGAAGAAGGAAAUUUUGUACGUAAUAAACUCACAGCAAUGUACAUGAACAAGAAAAAAAAACAGAGAUGGCGACUUCAAUGACUGCUUUCCGACAGAAACUAAACAGCAUUGCUUUGUAUAUGGCUGCUCAGUCUCGCUUCUCUUUUUGGUCAAUCAAAAAGAUGGGUGAUGUUAAUAAGAAGAGUAGAUAGUUGGUGACCCGAGAAAAACUGAGGGGAUGGUCAAGAAGAGCGUCCUGGAAGAUAACUGAAUAUAGCGCGGCUUAUAUACAGCAAAGGAAAGUUAAAAGAGGAAUCCCGACGCACAGCUCAUGUUCUGUUUAUGUUUUCUGUUUUCUCUGCCUCUAUGCGCCUCCUGAUCUGCUGUAUGCCUGUAUUUGAAUGCUUCUGCACAUUUUCAUUGUCAGAACAGUUGAGGCUGGGCUCUCGUAAUUAACACCAUUCUUUGGUUGA